UCACCAUCUUUCGGGUCCUAGCACGGACGCUCACGCUCCACCUCCCCGGCCCCGCGAGGGGGCGGCGGGCGAGACGGGCCGGUGGUGCGCCCGGGGCUGCCAGGCGCGACACGCGCCCCGGGAUCCCACCUCAGCCGGCGCGCGCCGGCCCUCACCUUCAUUGCGCCGCGGGCUUUCGACUCGGGCCCCUGACUCGCGCACGUGCUAGACUCCUUGGUGUAGUGUCUCGAGCUGAGUCAGCUGUUCUUCAAGAGAUCACUAAUAAGAGAUUAUUUGAAUUGCUGAAUAGGCUCGUCGAGUUAGUCUCUAACCGCGAGCAUCCAUUCUAUGUCAUGCAUGUGAGAUCACACACAGAUCUACCUGGGUUCAUUGUGGAGGGAAACCGUCGCGCCGAUUCUUUAGCGGCGGCUGCUGUUUCGCAGGCCCCCCUCCCAGAUGUGUUCAGUCAGGCUAAAAUCAGCCACCAACUGUUCCAUCAAAAUGCCCCUGGCCUGGUUCGUCAGUUCAAUCUGACGCAGGAGCAGGCCAAGGCAAUAGUGGCCACAUGUCCCCAAUGCCAGCAAGAUCAAAUGCCUACCAUAGCCUCAGGGGCUAAUCCCCGGGGUUUGGCAAGCUGCGAGUUGUGGCAGAUGGAUGUAACGCACAUUCCAUUUUUUGGCCGAUUGUGUUACGUCCACGUCUCAGUGGAUACUUUCUCCGGGGCGAUCUAUGCUUCUGCCCACACAGGUGAAAGGGCAGCGGAUGUUCAGAGGCAUCUGCUCCAGGCAUUCGCUGUCUUGGGCAUCCCUAAGACCUUAAAAACAGACAACGGCCCUGCGUAUGUUUCCAAGGAGCUGCAAAGCUUUCUGCAGCAAUGGGGAAUAGUGCAUAAAACUGGCAUCCCCUAUUCUCCGACAGGCCAAGCCAUGGUGGAAAGAGCUCACCAGAGCCUUAAGAAGGUCCUAUCCCGGCAACUACCGACGAUGAAGGCAGAGACCCCCCAAGUCCGGCUAUCAAGGGCAUUGUAUACACUCAACUUCCUGAAUUGCUCUUUUGACAGCCAAAACCCUCCGAUAGUCCGACAUUUCGGCAGUCACCAGCAGCUGCAGCCUAAAACCAGGCCACCGGUCCUUGUAAAAGAUCCGGAGACCUGGCAGACAGAGGGCCCCUUUGACCUGGUAACUUGGGGGAGGGGAUAUGCCUGCGUGUCCACUCCCUCGGGUCCCAAGUGGGUACCAUCUAAGUGGGUCAGGCCCUUCGUCCCGAAGCAGGGGAUCAAGAAGGAGGCAGUACCACAGGUCCGGCAAGCAUGUUGGCGUCGGCGGAAGAAACUAUCCCAUCAAUCCUCCUCAUUCUCUCCAGAUCUCACUCCAGUUACUGAAGAACCCUCUCCCCCAGCUUCUCCUCCACCCCUUGAUCUUUUAUACCACCUUUCCUCCUUUUUCCCCCCGGCUCCAACCAUUACCCCUCGUGAGUUUUACUUAAAUUGGUUGUUUGGGGAGGAACCAUAUCUGUGAAUCCUGCAUACUUUUACGGCUCUCCUUUCAUUUCAGUUUU